AUGGAAGGAAAGCCGCAUUCGACCACGAAACUCCCCAAGAUCCGACUCCAAACCGACUUGCCACCCCUCAUGCCUACCCCUUCACAGCAGGGCGUCCAGGAGUGGGACGAGGUUGACACUGAGAUGCAGAAUGGCGGUCUGCUACUGCAGAGGGACGAGUGGUCGCCGUCGUGGAAACCUAUCGCAUCUGUCUACAAUGCUCCAAGACAUAUCCUGUCAUUCGUCGGUGCCGUUUUCCGCUUCUCGAGCGGCCCCAGAACCAUGGCAAAGAUGAGGCCAACGGCGUAUCUCGACGGCCUUCGAGGCUUUGCCUGCCUGAUCGUCUACUUCCAUCAUCACCAGCUGUUUGCGCACUGGAAGAAAGGUCAGGCCGAAUUAUUCGAGAGGGGAUUCGGCUACGGUGGUAAUUAUUAUGCCAUCGCAUUUCCGUUCAUUCGGAACUUCUUCAGUGGUGGGCACUUUGCCGUCUCAAUCUUUUUCGUCAUGUCGGGUUACGUCCUCUCCCUGAAACUUCUACAUCUUAUCCAGGCGGGCGAUCAUAUUCAAUUGGGCGAUCAUGUCGCAUCUUCCCUCUUUCGACGGUGGCUUCGCCUAUUCAUUCCCCUAUUUGUCACUCUUGCGAUCUACGCAAGUUUACUGCAUUCCUUUGGAGGUAUCACACCAGGAGACAAAUUGCUCGUCAAGCAAGGCAGCUGGAGGGACGAGAUGUGGAACCUCUACUGCAAAUUCAAAAAUUUCAGCUACAUAUUUGGCGAUGGAGGAGAGCCUUUCUUCACGUACAACAGCCAUCUAUGGUCUAUACCCGUGGAGAUGAAAGGGUCCAUCCUCGUCUAUACCUCCCUCAUGGCCUUUUCCCGCUGUACACGCAACGCAAGGCUCUGGGGCUACGUCGCCCUCUUUGUAUACUUCAUGUAUAUUUGUGACGGCUCCUACUACACUUUUUUCUGCGCAGGGAUGCUGCUUUGUGACCUGGAUCUUCUUGCAGAGAAAGAUGAACUGCCCGGUUGGAUGGCUCGUUUGACCCCGUACAGAAAAUGGAUUUUCUACCACCUAUUCAUCGCCAGCCUGUACCUUGGCGGUGUCCCAUCAUUCAACGCUGAAAUCAAUGACCUCCGAGAGAGUCGCGGCUGGUACUUGUUGUCUUUAUUGAAGCCACAAGCGGUGUUUGACCCUAAAUGGUUCUACCUGUUCUGGGCAUCUCUCUUCUUCGUCUCAUCGAUUCCACAUUUACCAUGGCUAAAACGAUUCUUUGAGACAAGUUUCUGCCAAUACCUGGGCCGCAUUUCUUUCUCGCUCUAUCUGGUCCAUGGGCCAAUUCUAGCAGUAGUCGGUGAAAGGCUCUACAUGCUCACAGGCUGGGUUGGGGAUGAACCAGAAGACAUCAUGUGGUGGGCGGACAGAUUCCCACUACCUGGAGGACCACUUGGAUUCGAAUUAUCGUUCCUUGCUCCGCAUUUGAUACUCCUGCCAUUUACUUUAUUUGUGGCAGAUUUGGUGACGAGGGGCAUAGAUACCCCGAGUGUGCGCUUUGCAGCGUGGCUUUACAAACAGACACUGGGAGAUGCAUCAAAUGGUGGUAAUAAGACAAAGGCGUAA